UGUGCGCAUCGACAUCGUUGCUUCAUCACCACUCCCUUCGUUUUCCAAAUUAUAAACCUAUCAAAGAAGCAUGGUCCUUUACUGGUACUGGACUUCCAUCCCACACUUUGCCUUAAAUAUUCUGUUGUCAUUGUCUCUUUUCUCCAAAAGUUUUCAACUAUGCCCUUGUUAGAGAGUGACUGACACAAGAAGUAGAGUAUAACUCAGAAGUCAUGACUCAGAUACACCCUCCACAAGGUGGAAACCCAACUCACCAAGUUGCUCUCUUUCUAUAUCCUGAAGUAUUCUCUCACACCAUAAUUAAAUAAUGGGAAAGUGGUUACUGCUGAGCCAAGUGGCUUUUGUUCAAUCCUUAUGUGUUGCACUAAGGCUUUUCUUAUGAGGUGGUUUGUCUUACAGCUCUUGCUUCCAAAUGUUCUCUCUUUAAGGACAGUCAGCAGUGAGGGUUAUCAAUUAGUAUCACCAUGAAUCUGGUUUGGCAUGUGUCAAUUCUUGCUCUCUAUAUUGGAAUAUUCUCUGAAGGGGCUUCAAGACCUGAUGUAGUUAAUGUUGGAGCUCUCUUCACAUUUAGCACGAUCAAUGGGAAGGUAUCACGGAUUGCAAUUAAGGCUGCUGAGGAUGACAUAAAUUCUGAUCCAAGCAUUCUUGGUGGAACUAAAUUGUCUAUACUUAUGCAUGAUUCCAACUUUAGUGGAUUUCUUGGCAUCAUUGGGGCAUUAAAGUACAUGGAGACUGACACAGUAGCUAUAAUUGGUCCACAAAAUUCUGUGAUGGCCCAUGUACUCUCACAUCUUGCAAAUGAACUCCAUGUCCCUUUAUUGUCAUUCACAGCACUGGAUCCCACCCUAUCACCUCUGCAAUACCCUUACUUUGUACAAACAGCACCCAAUGAUGAAUUCCAGAUGACUGCUAUUGCUGAUAUGAUUAGUUAUUUUCGUUGGGGAGAGAUUGUUGCAGUUUAUAGCGAUGAUGAUCAGAGCCGAAAUGGUAUUACUGCUUUAGGUGAUAAACUUGCAGAAAGACGCUGCAAAAUUACUUAUAAAGCAGCACUUCCCCCUGACCCUACAGCAACACAAAGUGACAUUAAAGAUCAACUAGUAAAGGUUCAAAUGAUGGAAGCUCGAGUAAUUGUUUUACAUACCUACUCCAAAACAGGUCUCCUGGUUUUCGAGGAGGCCCAGAAUCUUGGAAUGAUGGAUCGUGGGUAUGUUUGGAUAGCUUCCACUUGGCUAUCUACUGUUCUAGAUUCAGUCUCUCCACUUCCUUCAAAAACUGCACACUCUAUCCAAGGAGUUUUGACACUUCGUCCACACACACCAAAUUCAACAAGGAAAAGUGCUUUUAUGUUACGGUGGCAAAAGCUGAGUAAUAAUUCUAUUGGGUUCAACCCUUACGGUCUAUAUGCCUAUGAUACUGUUUGGAUGAUUGCUCGUGCAGUAGAUUUGUUGCUUGAUCAGCAAGGAACAAUUUCAUUCUCCAACGAUUCUUAUUUAAAUCAUGAGGGGAAAGGGACUCUGAAUCUUAGAGCAUUAAGCAUUUUUGAUGGGGGGAAGCAGCUGCUUGACAACAUAUUGCAGACCAAUAUGACAGGUUUGACGGGACCUAUUCAAUUUAGUCCUGACAGAUCUCCAUUCCAUCCUUCAUAUGAUAUCCUUAACGUGAUUGAAACUGGUCAUAGGCAGAUUGGAUACUGGUCUAAUUAUUCUGGACUAUCUGUUGUGACCCCGGAGACACUUUAUACAAGACCACCAAACCGUUCUAGUUCGAGUCAGCAAUUAGACGGUGUGGUAUGGCCUGGAGGAACUACAAAGAAGCCUCGUGGAUGGGUUUUUGCAAACAAUGGAAGGCAAUUGAGAAUUGGAGUUCCAAACCGAGUUAGUUAUCAGGACUUUGUCUCACGAUCACAAGUAAAUGGUACUGAUACAGUCCGAGGAUAUUGCAUAGAUGUCUUCCUUGCUGCCAUUAAGUUGCUUCCUUAUGCAGUUCCACAUAGGUUCAUUCUCUUUGGAGAUGGUCAUAAGAAUCCAAGCUACUCUGAGCUUGUAAAUAUGAUCACAACAAAUGUUUUUGAUGCUGUUGUAGGUGACAUUGCAAUUGUCACAAACAGAACAAAGAAAGUGGAUUUUACUCAGCCAUAUAUAGAGUCAGGACUAGUUGUGGUGGCCCCAGUCAGGAAGUCAAAUUCAAGUGCCUGGGCAUUCUUAAGACCAUUUACUCCAUUCAUGUGGGCUGUCACAGCAGCUUUUUUCCUAAUUAUUGGAACUGUUGUGUGGAUUCUUGAACAUAGAAUAAAUGAUGAAUUCCGAGGACCUCCUAGGAAACAAGUAGCCACAAUACUAUGGUUUAGCUUCUCUACUAUGUUUUUUGCGCACAGAGAAAAUACAGUGAGCACACUUGGUCGUGUUGUGAUUAUCAUCUGGCUUUUUGUGGUUCUCAUAAUCAACUCAAGCUAUACAGCAAGCCUGACAUCAAUACUCACAGUGCAACAGCUUUCCUCCCCCAUCACAGGAAUUGAUUCCCUGGGGACUAGCAAUGAACGGAUAGGAUUCCAAGUAGGAUCUUUUGCUGAAAACUAUUUGAUGGAGGAACUCAACAUCCCAAAAUCUAGACUGGUUGCUCUUGGCUCACCGGAAGAAUAUGCUGUCGCCCUUGAGAACAGAACUGUUGCUGCUGUGGUUGAUGAACAGCCAUAUAUAGAGCUCUUCCUGUCAGAUCACUGCAAGUUUAAAAUUAGAGGCCCAGAGUUCACCAAAAGCGGGUGGGGAUUUGCAUUUCCAAGAGACUCCCCUUUAGCCUUGGACCUGUCUACCGCCAUACUCACCCUAUCAGAGAAUGGUGAACUCCAGAGGAUCCAUGACAAGUGGUUGUCAAGGAAAUCUUGUGGUUCCCAGGCAACAACUAAUGAAUCAGAUGAGCUUCAAUUAGAAAGCUUCUUGGGGCUAUUUCUCAUCUGUGGGGCAGCAUGUUUUCUUGCUCUUCUUAUAUACUUUUGCUUGAUGUUAUGCCAGUUCAGCCGGCAUGGAAUUCCUGAAGAAUCCGAUCCUUCUAGAGGUGCCGGCUCACAUUCAGCACGUGUGCGGACAUUCCUAUCAUUUGCUGAUGAAAAGGAAGAUGUGUACAAAAGCAAGUCAAAAAGAAAACGUGAGGAAAUGCUAUCAAAUAGUCGUGUGAAAGAAGAUGAAUCUAAGAGAGCUCAAAUGGACAGUUCUCAGCAGAGGCAUGACUGCGAGAUUUCAGUUCACUAACAAUUUUAAUUUGUCCUAAUUAUAUCACUAAUUUUCAAGCAAGAUAUAGGUACAACGGGUUAUGAAAUUCAAAUAGCUUUUGCAUGUAGAGAUCAUUUUGUUUGUUAUAGUAUAUACUUCAGCUUGUAUUGUUGUAAGUGUUUGAUGGUCUACACAAAUAUAUUUGGUUCAAAUAUUAGUACUCUUGCUUUUGUAAGCAUCAA